AUGAAGGUGAUUACGAAGAUUCUGUGUACUGUUAGUGGGGCUCACCUCCCAAGGUGGGGACCGCUUGAUCCCUACUGCUCCCGGCUGGAGACAGUGGUGUUCUUGUUGUCAGUUUCUAUCCAGGUUCGUGUUUCGAACCCGACUUCUGCCUCUCGACUUCCCCUGUCUAGGCUUGGGCAGCGUGGCACUAUCCCAGCCCUCGUGCUUCCUUCAGGUGGCAUGGCAUCUAGGCACCGAAAGAGUGCUACAGUUGAACGACUACAAAAGUGGUCGCGACACAAAAUAGGUAUAGUGAACAUGCCCAACUCAAAGUGGCGGAAGCAGAGAGGUGGCCAACCCUUGACACGGAAGAGGAGUAUGAAGGGGAUUACGAAAAGUUUGGGUGCUGUCGGUGCUACCCGCCUAUCAGGAUGGGGACCGCAUGAUACCUACUGCGCCUGGUUGGAGACGCUCCAAGAUAUGGCUACCAACCGAUGUCAGUGGCGAUCUUGUUGUCAGUUUUUAUCCAGAUUGUUUGAGCUUUCACAUGAAUCGUGGUUGUACGGCAGUGAAGUAUCGGUGGCUAACACUGAUGUGGUACCACCGAUGUUGCUGAUGAUGACGAAGUCAUCAUGA